GUCUCUCUCUCCCCCAUUUCACCUUCCUCUUUUGACAGUCAUUUAUUAGAUUCCUCUGCUCUUUUGCUUUCCCAUUGGAUUGUACUGAUUCCCAGCUAAAUUGCCCAUCUCAAAAUCUGCAAUUCUUGUUGAUUUUUUCCUUUUUUUUUUCUUUGAUUUUUGGCCUUUGGACUGUAAAGACAUACAUCUCUUCUGGGUUUUUUUGGCUCUUGCUUAAAUGAGCAAACUUGCUUUCUGGGCUUGUUGCAGAAGAGCCUUUGAUAUCCAGUUGAAUAUGCCAGAGAAGGCUUGAGAAGAACAAUCAUAUUUUAAAGAAAAUUUUCUCUUUUUUCAGUUUCUUGAAUAUAUCUUGUUAUUUUCCAUUUUCUUCUCCCUUUCUGCUUGCCGAAUUUUAUCUCAAUUGAUAUUUCUUCACCUGAGGUUAAGGGAUAGACAUGGGCAAGCAAGGGCCUUGCUAUCAUUGUGGAGUUACAAGCACUCCUCUUUGGCGCAAUGGACCUCCUGAGAAGCCGGUUCUGUGUAAUGCUUGUGGGUCUCGAUGGAGGACAAAGGGGACACUUGCAAACUAUACUCCACUUCAUGCCCGAAUUGAACCUGAUGAUUAUGAGGAUCAUAGGACUCCUAGGGUGAAGAGCAUAUCUUUAAACAAGAACAAGGAGGUGAAAAUGCCCAAAAGAAAGCCAAAUUAUGAUAGUGUGGUAGUCCCACCCGAGUACAACCAGGGUUUUCGUAAAGCUGUCGAUGAAGAUACUAGUAAUAGAUCGAGUUCUGGGUCUGCCAUAUCUAAUUCUGAAAGCUGUGCACAAUUUGGUGGUGCAGAUGCAAGUGACUUGACAGGUCCAGUCCAAUCUAAUGUGUGGGAGUCAAUGGUACCUUCUAGGAAGAGGACCUGUGUAAAUCGUCCAAAGCAAUCUUCUGUUGAGAAGCUUACAAAAGAUUUAUACACCAUUUUACAUGAACAACAGUCUUCAUACUUCUCUGGAUCUUCUGAAGAGGAUUUGCUUUUUGGGAGUGAAACACCUAUGGUUUCUGUUGAGAUUGGACAUGGAAGUGUUCUAAUCAGACAUCCAAGUUCAAUUGCUCGAGAUGAGGAGUCAGAAGCUAGUUCUCUUUCUGUUGAAAACAAACAAUACUUAUUGAGUGAGGCUUAUUCACAUUCUUCAGGCCUCCUUGUACAUAAUGAUAGCAAGGAUUUAAAAGUUUCUGGUCGUGGAACUGAAAAGGCUAAGAACCCAAGUCAAGAAAUGCAGCAAGAGCAACUUAAGAGGGACAAGGCCCAACAUGAAAAAAUACAAAUUCUGGGAAGUCAUAAUUCAACCCUAUGUAAUAUAGACUUAAAUGUUAGUGUGAAUGGUUCCAUGAAUGUCUGGUUACUCAAUAUUCUUCCAAAGAAGGUUCACUAUUCAGACUUAAAGUUUUCUAGGUUGUCUCUGCAAUUCUUUCCUCAUUCCAAAUACUCCUGCUGUGGUGGGGUAACCUGAAUCUUGAACAUAUUGCACCAUUCUUGGUGUGUCUACUUUAGUAUCUUGCUCCCUAGCAGGGCAUGUUGUGCUAUAAUGUUUACAUGUGGUACAGGACAUUCUUAACCUUGAAGAGUUUGUGGAACACUUUACAAAUGAGGAACAGCAGCAAUUGCUGAAGCUUCUAUCUCCACCUGAUACAGCCAAACUCCCUGAUAGGUAUCUUUCUCCUUCAUGUUUUAAUCGUGCAGUUUGUGAUUGGCCAUGGAGAAUGAGUAAGGUGAUCAUAAUUUUUUAUGCUAUGUGAUCUCUGGAAAGAAUGAGCUUAGCCCAGCAGCAAAAGGAAAUGGUUGGCAGUGCAGAUUCAUGAGUGAAGGCUGCUUAGUUAUUAUUAUUUCUCAUGGCCAAAAUAUAUUGGGUUAUUGGAUAUUUGCUUUUUCACCUGCAGCCUCAAAAGCAUGUUUGACAGCCUUCAAUUCAAGGAGAAUUUAACUUACUUUCAGAAGCUACUUGAGGAGGGGGUCUUUGAUCUCUCUUUUGUUAGGAAAUCUGAAAGCAAUAGUGGAGGAUCUGUUGUUUCUAGAGGACCAAGUGUUGCUGGAUCAAAUAAUGUGGCAAUUAUCAAGAGAGCACGUGAAAACAAAAGUCAGAGUUUUCCAGGUUAGUAACUAUUUCUUUUCAACUCUUACUUUUAACAAGUAGAACUUGUUAAACUAAAUCUGUUAGCUGUAAAUAUGCUGGAAGGAGUUAGCUAGUCCUUUUGAAUUCCCAAGUGGAAAAAUCCCAACUUAGAUUAUCUGAUGAAAAAGAAAUGAAAUGAAAAUCA